AUAAAAAAAUAUCAACUUCUCUUACGCGGGAGAUUUUGCUGAAAAGUAAAAUCUAGCCCAGAGUAAACAAUCUUCUCGAGGUUUGUAAUGUAGUUUGAAAUAUGGAGGUGAAUAUCGAAAAGGUGUGACAUUGGCAUCAAACUAAUUAAACUAGAGAAAGGCAAACGCUCUUCGACGCCGUGUAGAUCUAUCGCAUUCUCUGCAGCUAGCUGUGCAGUAAGGGUCGGAACAUAAAAACAGUAGCUGCUCGUUUAGUCGAUCGUGCGUUGAGCAGAACUUGAUCAGCCAUGGCGGCAGCUAACUUAAGGAGAGUGAAUGCAACACUUGGACAGAUGCAGAAGAACUUGGAAUGUUCGAUAUGCCUUGAUUUGUUGCAGGAUCCAGUCUCCACGAAGUGUGACCAUCAGUUUUGCAACUUUUGCAUAUUGGCCUUGUUGGACUCGCGUCGUAAGACACCUGCUGCCUGCCCACUCUGCAAGGAACCUGUCACCAAAAGGAGUCUUACAAGUAAUGAUCGUCUGAACGAGAUUGUCAAAGCUGUAAGAGGAGUCGUCCAAGCUGUAGAGGAAGACACCGGUUUGAGAUGCACUCCACCCAAGGGUCCCAGGGUGCUAUCACAACAGAGCCAGACACCCUCAAACAUCAAACCUAAUGAGGCAUCUCCAUACAAGAGAACAAUGAAGACUAAACAAACAAGAAAACAAGGCAACCUCCGCCAAGCAAAGUCUAAGACAGCAGAUUCUGUGACGAUCUACGUGGACAGCGAUGACACUGACGUCUCUGAGGCAAGCAGCCCAGGCAUUGCACUGAUUACUGAUUUCAACAGUGAUGUUGCUGAAGACAAGCUCAAACAGAGAAGCAGCAGGGAGACGAGAAACAGAAAGCCCUUACAGCAAGUUAAUCAGGUCCAGACAUGGUCACCUUCAGUCGGCUCUUCAUCAUCUAAGACCCUAAAUGAGGUUGAGGAAAAAAAUCUCACGGAGCGUAAUCAAGAUGGGUGUAAUCUCUUGGAAGCUCUUGAGAAAGGGUCUCUGGGAGUCAUAGGACAGAAAGAUGCCAAGGCAAGACGGCAGGUUACUGAGAGACUCAAAGAGCUGAGACUGAAAGUUGCAGAAGGCUUGGUUGUUGACGAGAACACCCCUGCAAAAGGGUCAGUGAAGCCGGGCAACAAGAAAGUAAGCAAUCCAAGAGUUGCAGCAAAGAGUCUAAAUAAAAGUCGGGAUAAUGGAGACUGUUUGCUACAGGCUUUAGACCAGGGAUCUUUUGGCAUGCUUGGAGAUUUUGAUGUUGAUGACAGCCCUGAUGCGGACAUCAGUCAACCAGGUGGUUCUCAUACCAGCUUUUCCCAUCCUGAUCCCCCACAAGAUGUUUCAAGCACCAAGUUAUAUGAUGCAAGAAAUAAUGUGAGAGCAAAUGAUAAUAUGACAGAAGUGUCAGGUCCUGAGAAGCAAAAUCAAAACUUUGGAGGUUGUGAGGAGACAGACAAAAAUGUCGGGAAAGAUAGGUCUACAGUUGGGCAAAGUAAGCUCCCAAGUAGUGAGACUAGUUCGUCAGCGGCAGAGGAGGAUCCAUAUGAGUUCAUCGCCAGCCAACGAACCCCAAGGAAGCCCAAACCCAAGCGAGCCAGGCGCCAGAAGAAUCCAAGUGGGAAAAGCACCAAGGAAUUUGACUACAUGAAGUGGAAGAAGAGCAACAGUGCUGAGAAAAGAAUAGUUGGAAGUAGUCAGGCAGCAGGAAGUCAAGCCUCAACACAGAUCCAACUAAUAGCAACCACCUCAAGACGUUCAGAUGAGUCCCAGCAAUCCCAAGAUGAGCAAUGUUUCAAAGAACCACCAGAAGUGGAAAGGAGGAAAGUUUCGCCUUCUCUACAGACCGGCAGUAGUCCUGAGAACAAUCAGAGAUCUUUAAGGAGGAAAAUUCAAACAGAGACUGUCAAGGAAGACCUAGAAGCAGAACAAAUAUCCCCAAAAGGAACUUCUUCAAGAAAAGCACCAGGAACUUUCAAGCAACACAAAAAUAAAGAGUCAGACCAUGCACUAUUCACCACAGAGCAAAGUCGACAGUCCACUGGGUUGCAAGAUAAAAACCAGGAGAAUUUGGUCGUAAAAUCACAAUCGGAGACAAAUCAAAGGAAAAAGCAAAACAAAAGUGGAAAAGAGGACCAAAGCUUGAUCCUUGAAGAACAACCCAUCAGAGAACUAAGGAGCAGAGCGAAGGACAACAGAUCCAGUAAAGAAGGCAUAGUGGAAAGUGGGAAGGACAUUGAGAAGGAGAAGACACCGCUAGAAGACAACUGUAAGUCAAGAAACAAAAGGAAUGUUUCUGAAGAAGUCAUCCCUUCAAAUGAGGAUGAAUGUCUUCAUGGAUUAGACAGUGAUGAUGAUGAUAAUACAGAUUACAGGUUUGAAGAUGGGAGUAACCAUGACGACAGUGAUGGAGGAAGCUCCUUAGAAGGCCCAACAGAUCCAACUUAUGAACCAUCUGCAGACACAUCCAUACAAACAUCUGCUCCUGAGAGAGUGACAGAGAUUAGUCUCCCCAACAGGCUUUCAGAGCACUCUGAGGAAAACCUUGUUGAUGUACCUCAACAAGAAUAUGACGGAGAUAGCUCACUUGAAAGCCUGACCGAUCCGUCUCAUGAAUCAUCUACAGAAACACCAACAAGACUGAUAGCCAUCCCUGAGAUUUUCACUGACGGUAGUUCUCCAAGAAGGCAGUCACGCCGUACCAAACUAACCCUCAUUAGUGCACCACACGCACCUCAUGCUGACACACCUUCUGAUGGCCAUGGAGAGGAGUUGAUGGGGUGCUCCCAACCGCAAGUGAAAAAGCACAGUCCCCUUGCGAGUGCUGGUGUUUUUGGUCAGGUGUACAAGAAAGGGCGUCUACAGCAAAACAAGAGUCCUGGAAACGAUCCUCAUAAACUCAAAGCUGCUAAUGUCAUGGAUGUUGAAGAAAAAGUUGAGAAAAUGUAUGCUGAGGCAGGAGAUGUUUGUUCCGAUGAUGAAGACAGAUCCAACAUUGUUGAAGAAGGUGUUGUUGAAGACAGUGCCACAGAACAAAGUGAUGAAUUAGAUCUACAGAGCUCUUUUAUUGUACAAGCAAAAGGUAGAGUUGGCUCCCCCAAAGGCACCGCUUCUAAAUCAGAUGUUGUUGAUCAAGAGAAUGACGCUGAAGUUGGUUAUCUCACUGUUGACCUCACUGAAGAAUCUGAUGACGAAAAGAACAACUUGGAGCCUCAACUUAAUCAAAAAGAAAACUCAAUUGUUCCAAGCAAAGAAUAUGAGACUUCUGGGGUACCUCAAGAAGCUGGACCUCAUCACGAAGCAGAUGUCUCCAAAAGCGAUUGGCAGAUUGCUCUUGAAUUGGCAAGAGAAUUUGACACAGAGCCUCGGCAGUUCUCACUCAGGUCAUCGAGACGAGGUAAGCCUGAGCCUGAAUCAACGAAUCAAUUUAACCAGCCGAGCAGAACUAAGCCAGAAUUGGAGGUAUUGGUGAAAAACAAGAGUGGUGAUCGAGCAAGGAGGUCUGGCGAAGUAGCUGAGGAGAGCAAAGCUGAAGGAGAAGCUAAAGGCAUAAAGACACAGACGUUAUUAAACAACAAGCAAGUAACUCUAACAGAUUCAAAGACUGAUCAUACUAUUACCGCCGGAAAGAGAACCCUACGACAAACUUCAAACUCAACAACAACUAACAGCAAGACUCUGAAGGUUCCUACAUCAGCAGGUAAAGUCAAAAGGCGCAGUAUCAGACGAUCGACUGCUGAUGAUCAGGCGAUUGAAUUAGAUGGUCAAGGGGGUUUGAUCGAGUCUUAUGAUUCUAACAGUGAUCAUUGUGCACUCUCGACAAAACAGAAAGCGAUGAAGCGAACCUCCACUUCUAAUGAGCUAGUUCCAGCAUCAGAUGCCCAGGGGGAAGAUUUGCACUACGAUAAGGAGGAAAAGACUCCUUCAACGGAGGGUGCUGAGGUUGACUUAAAAAUUGCUGAGGCAUCUUUACAAGACAGCAGCAGACAAAAAUCAAGGCGUUCUUUCAGGAGCCGGUCUUGCGAAAAAUUGGUAAGCCAUGUUUCAAGAGAGAAAGGAAAUCCAGAAAAAACUCCUGCACUUAGUGAACAGAACAUUUGUGAUGAUGUCCCCAUGGGCAGCAAUAAUGCAUCAAAAGAAGACAGGCAUAGUGGUGAAGUCAAAGAUUACAAACGCAGGAGCAGAUACAACAUUUCAAGCACAAGAAAUAAAAGAAAAAGUUUGUGUGGAGAUGUUGAAGCAGACAGCAAAGUGAAUACUUCAAGAGAUCCUUGUGGUGAUAGUUUGGAAGUUAACUCCAGAGGAUUGGGAAAAGAAGACGAAGGGAAAUCCAAAGACGAAAUAAAUCAGAAAACACCAAACCAGAGAGCUGCCACGACAAUUCCUGAUGACAUUCCACUAAAAGAGGACGAUGUUUUAAAUUUUCAACAGAAGUCUGACAACGGAAGAGAGAUACUUGAGAGUUUGUCAGGAUCUGUGAGUCUCUUCACAGCCGAUGAUGAGCAACAGAAGAGUGAACUUUCUCCCAUGACGGCUUCUCCUCAACGGACUCCGACCGAUCCACAGCAGACUGGAGCGGAAGAUGGAGGAAAUGACAGUGGUGAAAGUGACCGGACAGAAUCAAUUGAUCUGCAAGGAGAAAACGUUCCUGUUACGAUCGUCACCAUCGGUGAAACCAUUCCAUCCGGAUCUGACACCGAGUCCAUUGAGCUCUAUGAGGACUUAGACGACUCAUCCAGCAUUCAGUUUGUCUCUCAAGAACAGAAAAAGCAACCAAGAAAACUUCUUCAGGACAAUCAAAGCCGCAAGAUCCGCAUGUCCCUCACUGAGAGGGAGACUUCCCCAAUGAUGACCAGGCGGACUCCAACAAGUACCCAGGAGACUCCUGACCAAACCCCUCAAGAAAGACCAAAUCGUAGAUCAUCUAGGAAAGCGAAGAGGUUGCCAGAAGAAACAGAAAGUGACAUCGAGGAAGUCUCUGCUAAAAAACCUUCAAAUACCAUUGAGAAAUUGAACUGUAACUUUCCUGAAACUACUCAACCGGAGGUCACCCAAAAGUCUAGAGCAGCAGAUAAAACCAGACAGAAACUGGCUGAUCCUAAAACUGAGAGGUUUGUAAUAAAAGGGAAGAAGGAAAGCUCCUCGGAUAAAUCACGUCAAACUAACGUGUUGUCGAAGAGAAGACAAAAACCUUCACCAGAUUCAUCUUUCCUUAGAUCUGUUGAGGAUUCUUCUAAUAGAGAGAGUGAAAAGUUGCUUGUCUCACCACCAGAUCACUAUCGCAAAACCUUCACAAGGAAUGCAGAAGUUGCCAACUCUGAGAGACCCUCUCCCUUAACUUUCUCAGAUUCAUCUGGCAGAAGGGAAACAAUGAAGAGAAAGUCUUGUCCUGAUGAAAAGAGUGUCGCCGAAACAAAGCCUUCAAGUAAGAGACAGAGGAGUGCUGGUGCUACUUGUUUCAGUGCAUCUAAAAUACAGCAUGAUGAAGUUGGAACCAGGCGGAAAAGUGAACGUCUCAGUGGAGUACGACAAGACAUCGAAUCCCAGCAGUCUACAAAGUCAGAGCAUGCACCAACCUCUCUCCGCCAUGAAGCUUCAGAAGACAACUCCAGAGUUAUUAAGGAUACAGAAUCCUCAAUGUUUGGAUUGCAGACAAGACGCAAGAGUAGAAGUUUAUCUCGUCGUGGGAACCUUUUAAAAAGUCAGACUCCUGAAAUUGACAACUCCCAGAAAGGGAAAACUCUAGCCUCAUCUCGGACGACCCGACAGAAAAGCCAGGAGUGUCUCCAAGUGUCUGACGACUAUUUAACAAACAGCCCUUCUACAAAUGGUUUUGGAACUGAACUUGGUUCUCAAUCACUCUUCGAUGAAAGCCCUGCAAAAGAUUUAAGACACCAAGACUUUGCCCCGUCUGUAUCAUCUCAGAAUGGAUUACAAGUUGGUGAAAGCUCUGGGCAAUUUGAGACAGCAUCUGAGGGGAGUUCUUCCUUGAUCUCGAAUCUAAUGAAGAGUCCAAAGAAAAACCAACAAGGAUGUAGACCCGAGGUAGCUCGGGAAGAGGUAGCUCGGGAAGAGAACCAGAUAGAAGAUUCUCAGAGAAGCUCAACGGCAAUCAAACAGAAGGAGCAGUCGCCUGAAAGAAAUUCACCUGAAUUGGUUCAUACAGAGUCUUCAAAUUCAUCAGAACAAUUAAACAGUGAGCCGAGUUUUACCUCAAAGUCAACAAAGUCUUUGUCUCUGUCUUCAAGAGCAUCAUUGUCAAUACCUUUUCUAGGAAAAAUUAUCACAAAAUGCAGCAACAGUUUGCAGAAGCCUAGCCCUGUAGUAAAGAGAGGAAGUGGAGGCAGCCGGCAAACACCCUCGAAGGCAACAGAUGACGACUUUGUGUCUGCAAGUGAAGGAGCUUCAGAAAGUCCCAGCCGCCUCUCUGAACCCAUCCCCAUACCUCGGAAACACCAAUUUGGAAAAGAUCUGAAUUCAAGUUAUCAGAAGAAGCUCUCAGCAGUCACUGAGAGUAUCCAUGCAUCUGGAAUCUCUGAAGAUGUUAUUCCUUCCUCUCAACCAAGUCCAAAGCCACAGCCUAGGAAGAGAAAAAGUUCUUCAUCAAGAGCAAGUAGAUUAAAGCAGACUAGAAAUGAAUCAAGGGAAAGUGUCACAAGAGACAACCUGGAAGAUGAAAUGGUGGAAGACGAUGACAUACUUCAUCAUCCACAAGAAACAAACCAGGUCUGUCUCGAUGGAAGAGGAGAAAUAAGGGAAGUAAGAGAUGAGAGCAGUUCUUCCAGUUUGAAGAGUCUUAAAAAUGAUAAACAAGCCAAUUUGGGCAGCCACGAAAAAGCGAAGAAGGAUGGUUUUCUAUGUUCUACCAAGGAUGAAGUGAUUGGCAAACACUGCGAAGGAGCCGAUGUAGAUAACGACUUCAACUCAAGCGGUGAUGUUGAGAUGGUUAGUGCCGAUGAACAACCGCACCAUGAUGAUAAUAGCGACGAGGAGGAAGAAUUCGGUGAGGAAGAAGGGGAUGAUGAUGAUGAGGAAGAUGAUGAUGACGUCAUCAUCCCGCCAACUCCUCCGUGUCAAGUUUCGACAAACCUCCAAACAUUCAAAAGAUCCACAUUUUCAUUCAGCUCAACCUCAUCCUUGGCCAGCAGCACCAGCUUCAAGUCAACCAAGAGCCUUGCCUCUGCAACUCGGCUGACUGUUUCAAGAUCAAAUCAAACUCUCAAAGUGACCAAUCCCAGAGAGGUGAAAGAAACAGCUGCCGUUUUACCGGAGAGAAACACCAGAGAGAGUUCUGGCACUGAUGAGCCAAGUCUUGACGACUCCUUUGACAGGAGAGUCUUCCCUCUUCAUAAAAGUCCUCCAAGAUCUGAAGUCUUACGAGAGACUGAACAAGAUGAGAAUACUCUGGACAAAAGCCAAAGCUUAAGCAUCUUUCAACAGAACGUCUGUAAAGCUUCCAUGAAGUAUCUGGAGACGAUACAGCAAGAGGCAGUUAUUGGAGAUGGUGUUGAAGAGAAUGGAGUUGAGGAAAGUGAAGAUGAGGAUGCUUUAGGGGGAGAUGCAAAGAUCCAGAAAGGAGAGGAGGAAGGAGGAAAGAUAGAAGAAAUGUCUGCUGGAGAGGACGGCCUGAAUCUCAUUGGAGGCGUUGAUAAUGAAGAUGAACAUCCGAUGACUGGCAUUGAGGACCACCAUUAUGACACUGAAGGAUCCUGUUGCUCAAAGAGCAAUUGCAGCCAUCAGUUGAACCUGACCAGUGCAUCAUCUGUUUUGUCUAGCCAGAGUGAACUCAUGAGUACACAGCAACGACUGAAAGCUCAGGAAUCAUUGAAGAAGAUGGCUUUGGAGAUCGCCCAAAUGGAAGCGGAUCUUGACGGUGACUCUGAAAAGCACCUAGGUCACAAAGUUUACCCCGAGGUUGAAGAUCAAGUCGAGAUGGAAGAAGAUUCUGUGGUGGAUGAUCAGGGUAUUCAAAGACAGCCGUCAGAAACAGAAGAUCCGAAAAAGAUGUUGGACAUGAACGAUGGUGACAGUAACUGCAGUGAUGACAUCACUCACGAUGGUGACAGUAACUGCAGUGACGACAUCACUCACAAAGACGACGGCAACACUCCGGCCAACCUUUUCACUCCUGCUGACCUUUUCACUCCUGCUGACCUUUGCACUCCUGCUGACCUUUGCUCCCAGAAGGACUUAUACUCUUCAAGUAACCAUGACUCCAGCAAAGCGCACAGCAUCAAAGCAAUUGCUGAUUCAUACGUACCAGCAUCACUUGGGGACAGAGGUCAAUCACCUCAAAGGUCAUUCAGGAGGCCAAAACCAGUCAUCUCCGAUGAUGAAUCAGACUCCGAUGAAGAGAUCACUGAAAUCACUAGAUGGGAAAUAAAUGUUGUAAAUUCCUCGCCUUGUCGACCAUCAAGAAGUCAGUUAGAGAUUCCUGGUGUGACUACGUACGGUAGCGACUCGGACAUCAGUGAGCCUGAGGAGGACCCUGAUAUUCCAAGUGGAAGCCCUCGAUCUCCCUCACCACCACCAGACCUGUCUCAGUCCACAGCCAGGAGAGCUUCCCUGGCCAACCUUCCAGAGAGCAUCAAAGAAGUCAGCCGUCUGGCCGCAAAGUUCAGAUCUGGAGGAAGCAGAGCUGCUGAUGAUUCCAUCCCUCGAGGGAAGGCUCGCUCUAAGAACCGGAGCAAGAGCAGGGCCUCAGAGGGAAGGUCCUGGAUGCACAUCGAAGACCCCUCUGAUGAUGACGACUACAACUCAUCACCAAGACGAUCCAAGAGUGCUGCACAUCAGAAGUCGAGAUCUGUUCCAGAGCGGCAGACAUUUGGAUGGAAAAGUAAGACACUCGAGAUGAAGUCAGCAAAGGACAGAAGCCUGCCCCGGUCAUCUGAGGUUGUAAAGAACAACACCCCUAUGAGAAAGUCUAGACAGCCAGGUCAACCAUUACUCAAUAGCAGGAGGAAUUUAUACCAUUCAAACCAGAGGGAUGUUCAUUUGACUAGAAGAGGUGAUCUGGAUCAAGAUGGACCAUCUGGGAGGGACCAGGUAGACGGCACAGGUAACAAUGAGCGAGAUGAGAGUCCAGAGGAAAGAUCUUUAAGUCCAGUCAUCGGCCGAAGUCAUCACACCACCCCUGGUGCUAAGAAGAGUAAACCGAUAUCGUUUGUUUCAACAGGACUAAAUCGACAAGACAUGAAGGACGUUGAGCAACUUGCCAAGAUCUUUGGCUGCUGUUUUGCUAGCACCUUCAACGCCUGCACAACUCACGUCAUCGUCAACACUGAUGAGAAAAUGGUUUGCGAGAGGACUCUGAAAUACUUCCAAGGUAUUGCUUCUAGAGCGUGGGUCGUCAGCUUUAAAUGGGUCUCAGCCUGCCUCAAGACGGAAGAGCUCCUUUCUGAAGAACCUUUUGAGGUGCGAGGAGACGUGGUCAACGGUUCUUCUCAUAAGGGACCAAGACGAGCCAGACUAUCCAAGCCUCCGUAUCCACUACAUAAAUAUGAUGUUUGCUGCGUUGGUCCAUUCACAGGCCUCAAUAAAGAGCAACUAGUCUCGCUUGUGGAGCUGAUGGGGGCAAGCACUGUCCAACAUCCCUCCUUAUUUCCUUACAACGAGGGACGUAAAUCCAUCAUUGUUGCCCAGGCUGAUGCCAGGGACUUAUCCUAUGAUUAUGACGCUUUAUACCGGAAGUUCCGAGUUCCCAUCAUUUCCAGAGAGUGGAUUCUUGACAUCAUAGCAACUUACAAGAUUCAACCAAUGGCAGACUACCUUCUAUCAUCAAUCGGGACUGCUCAGCCAAUCAUAGACCUUGACAGUGGAAAUAAUUGAAUAAAUUACUUCCCACCAAUGGCAGACUUGCAGAAGCUACUUUAAGCCAAUCAGAAACAUAACAAUUAACAUAGAGAGGCUCACAUUAAACUUGCUUGAAGAGUCAUUCAAAUCCAGCCAAUUGCAGAGCAGCAUUUUUUGUACUCUCAUCCAACUGAAGUCUUUUGAAAGUAGGAAUAACUGAAGUGGAACAUUUUGUUUGCUACAAGUCUUCUUCAUGAAAGAAGCAUCAUUUACAAAAAUGGUUUUUAAAAUGUACUGAAAAGGCAAAAUUUGAAAAUAUUCCAAUAAAGAAUUUACUUUUGUGCGUAAGAUUUGAAGACUAGGUGGUGUUAUUUGUGAGAAUUAAACUAUGUUACAGAGACGACAUUUAAUGGAAAGUGAUGUGUCUUUUAAAAGAACCUGAGGUUCGAGAAAAUCAUGGCGUUUCAAACAGCGUGACUGUUGUCAGGAAAACUUUUGCUCAUCACAUUAGGAAUAAAUAUCUACUUUCCAAAUAAAAUUUUGUAUAAAAUAAAUACAAAACAAUGUUUUAUUAAAUUUUUGCAUUUUCCCUCAUAACUCAAUUUACAUGUAAUUUUUACCUUUAAAAUUUGUUAGUGUUUUACAACGCGAUGUAUAGCUGACUUAUGAAAAUCAACUUAACUAAUUUUUAUAUUAUUUGUUUUUGUUUUAUACCUUUGUAUAAUUCGUAUAAUAUGUGGAGAAAAACUUGCUUUAUGAAAUAGAAAAGUGUAAAGUAAAGAAUUGCGGGAAAAUGUUGAUGUAGAUAAAUUGAAGAAAUGUAUUCCAAUAAUACUGUGAAAAGUACG